AUGACUAUUCCGGCGCUGCUGGUUGCAGCAGUCGUCGGCCGCCUUAUCUCCACGGCGGCGCUCGGCGACGCAGAGAUCCUUCGCCACCACACCAUCGGCCGCCGGCUAAGCCUGGAACCCGACGACCUCGACGCAGCGUCGAAGGACUUUGGCGGCACGGUCACUGUCGCGCCGUUAGCCGUGCUCCGCCCCGCCACCACCGGCGACGUCGCCGGCGUCGUCCACGCUUCCUACCGCUCGCCGCUCGCCUUCCCUGUCUCCGCACGCGGCCACGGGCACUGCACUGGCGGGCAGGCGGCGGCGGCCGGCGGCGUGGUGGUGGCGAUGACGACCGAGCGACGGCGGUGGGAGAGGAGAGAGGAAACCCAGCUAGGGAUGCCGGAGUACUCGCCGUCGUACGGUGGGUACUUCGUGGACGUAUGGGGAGGGGAGCUAUGGGCCGACGUGCUGCGGUGGACUCUGCGCCAUGGCGGACUCGCUCCGAGGUCGUGGACGGAUUAUCUCUACCUGUCCGUCGGAGGGACGCUCUCCAAUGGAGGGAUCAGCGGGCAGGCCUUCCGCCAUGGCCCCCAGAUAAGCAACGUCUACGAAAUGGACGUCGUCACUGGUAUGGUUUAUGACCGGUUCUCUUCCUCCUAUCUUCUCGGAGCAACUGGUUCUGAUUUCCCAUUUUUGUCUCCGACGUGUCGUGCAGGCAAGGGGGAUCUCGUUAGGUGCUCGAGAGAGCAGAACCAGGAUCUGUUCCAUGCCGUUCUUGGAGGGCUCGGCCAGUUCGGAAUCAUCACCCGCGCCAGGAUCGCUCUGGAACGUGCUCCCACGAGGGUAAGAACUAAGAUCUCUCUCUCUCUCUCUAUCUAUCUAUCUCUCUGUCCGUCUAUCUGAUGAUCUCUGAUGACGCAGGUAAAAUGGAUCAGGAUGCUCUUCGCCGACUUCAGGGAGUUCACACGGGAUCAGGAGUAUCUCAUCUCCCUCGAAGGGAGGCCGUCCGGGGAGAGGUUUGACUACGUCGAGGGCUUCGUCGUCCUCGACGAUGGCCUCAUCAACAACUGGAGGUCGUCCUUCUUCUCGCCUCGAAACCUUAUCAAGCUCAGCUCUCUGGGAUCUGCAGCGACAAGUGUCCUCUACUGCCUCGAGGUCGCCAUGAAUUACGACGACUCCACGGCCGGCUCCGUCGAUCAGGUAGCUCAUCGAAUUCGAACAGUUUCUCCGCAGUUCUCGAUUGAAUCACUGAUCGCCGACGACGGUGCAGGACGUGGCGGCGCUGCUGCGGAAGCUUCAGUUCAUGCCGGAGACGGAGUUCGCCACCGAUCUGCCGUACGUCGACUUCCUUGACCGCGUCCACAAGAAGGAGCAGAAGCUCCGGGAAGAGGGGCUGUGGGAGGUACCCCAUCCAUGGCUGAACCUCUUCGUCCCCUCCUCCCGCAUCGCCGACUUCGAUCAAGGCAUCUUCAAGGGCAUCCUCCGCCGGAACAAGGUCGGCGGCCCCAUCCUCAUCUACCCCAUGAACAGGACCAAGUAAGCCGUCCCUCAGAGGUUCCUCUCUCUGCUACAACCCAGGGUCCCUCUCCUCUGGUUCGUUAGGGUUGAUGGGUGGAGCAUUCGACAGGUGGGAGGAGACGACGUCUGCGGUGACGCCGGAGGAGGAGGUGUUCUACCUGGUCGCCUUCCUCAGGUCGGCGGUGGGGGAUUCGCCGGAGGAGUUGCAGAAAACUCUGAGGUACCUGACCAGGCAGAACGAGCUGAUCUUAGGGUUCUGCCGCGACUCCGGCAUUCCGGCGAAGCAGUACCUGCCGAGCUAUGGCGGACGGCGAGACUGGGAGGAGCACUUCGGCCACAGGUGGGAGACCUUCCUGCGGAGGAAGAUGGAGUUCGACCCAAAGGGCAUUCUGGGCACCGGCCAGGGCAUCUUCCAGCUCAAUUCCGUCAUCGUCGCCGGCCACGACGCAGAGACGAAGACCAGAAACCCCACCUCAUCUCCUCGGUAG